AUGAAGUUCACUCUCUCCGCCGUCGUUGUUCUCGCCCUUGCCGCCUCCCAGGCUGCCGCCGUCGUCCCCAUCCCCGUCAAGGAGUGCACCCACUCCUACGUUGUCGAACCCGGCACCCCUAACUGCGAGGCCUUCGCUACCAAGUUCGGCGUCACCUUCGCCGAUCUCCUCAAGUGGAACGACAAGUUGCGCCCAGACUGCCUUAACUUGGACGUCGGCUUCCCCAUCUGUGUCUCCGUUACCAAGGGCGACUGCUGCCUCAAGGAGAACCCCAAGGGAGCCCUCGUUCCCCAGGACGGCGUCCCCCCCCAGCCCAACCUGUGGGAUCCCGCUCCUUACACCAAGGGUCCCGCCGCCACCCCUACCCCCACCUCCAGCGGCGUCGUGACCACUCCCGCCGCCACCGGAACCUCUGUUGUGGCCCCCGUCAACGGAACUGCUUCCACUGCUUCCCCUACCUCGGCUGCUACCGUUCCCCCCACCACCAUCACCACAUCUUCUGGCACUACCCCUACCCCCAAGGUUCCCGCUGGUGGUAAUAGCGCUGCUUCUAGCUCCAAGGCUUCCAUGGUCUUGGCUGCAGCCGGUGUUGUCCUCUCGGUCGCUUACAUGCUUUAA